GAGAAGUGCAGUGACAAUAAGGCCCAAGCAGAGAAAAAUUGAGGCCAAUCAGAGGGGAGCUGGCAUCAAUCUGAAGGAAAUUGAGGCCAAUCAGAAGGAUCUCAGAGCUAACUGGAAGAAAAUGGACACAAUUCAGAGAGAUCCCGAGGCCACUUAGAGAGCUCUCAUUGUCAAUCAGAGAGAUCUCAAGGGCAACUAGAGAGAUCUCAUGGCCAAUCUGAAAGAUUUCAUGGCCAAUAUGAAAGAUCUCAUGGCCAAUUCAAGAGAUCUAAUGGUCAGUCAGAGAGAUCUUGUAGCCUUUCAGAGACAUCUCCUGGUCAAUCAGAGAGAUCUUGUAGCCAUUCAGACAGAUCUCAUAGCCAUUCAGAGAGCGUUCAUGGUCACUCAAAGAGAUCUGUGGCCAUUCAGAGAAAUCUUAUGGCCAAUCCAAGAGAUCUCAUAGUCAAUCAGAGAAACCUCAUAGUCAAUCAGAGAGAUGUCAUAGCCAUUCAGAGAGAUCUCAUAGCCAUUCAGAGACAUCUUGUGACCAAACAGAAAGAUCUUGUGAUGACACAGAGAGAUCUCAUGGUCACUCAGAUCUCAUGGCCAUUCAGAGAGAUCCAAUGGUCAAUCAGAGAGAUCUCGUAG